UUUGCUUUUGGAUCGCUUAGUCGCUCGCAAGCUGUUCAACCCUUUCUUUCCCUGCGACGAUGUGGCUGAUUUUCGAGAUCUUCGUGGUGUACUUUAAAGUUCUUUUCUAUUGGCUGGAAGCAGCGUUUCGUCGAAUUAUCCCUCCACCAAAAAAAAACAUCGAAGAUCAAACGGUGUUGAUCACAGGUGCUGGUGGUGGGAUUGGCAGAUUACUUUCUCUUGAAUUUGCUGCUCAUGGUGCAAAACUUGUCCUGUGGGACAUAAACAAAGAUUCGAAUGAAGAGACUGCUGCUCAAGUCCGUGCCCUUGGUAGCGUGGCUCACACCUACAUUUGUGAUUGCAGCAAUAGAGAGGAAGUAUAUCGUGUUGCUGCAAAGGUACAGCGUGAAGUUGGUGAGGUGGACAUAUUGGUAAACAAUGCUGGGAUCUUGUCUGGAAAGAAACUGUUGAAUCUUAAAGAUGUUGAGAUUGAAAGAACCAUGAGGAUCAACACUUUGGCACACUUCUGGACUGUGCGUGCAUUCCUUCCAGAUAUGCUGGAGAAGAACAAGGGCCAUAUUGUCAACAUAACCUCCAUAGCAGGCAGUUUUGCUUCAGCCAACUUGACUGACUACAAUGCAUCAAAAUUUGGUGCCACAGGUUUCAGUCAGUCGUUAGUCUUAGAGCUGCGUGAAAUGGGAAAAACUGGCAUUAAAGUGACUUGUGUUCAACCAUACACAGUAAACACUGGAUUAGUGUGGUAUCCAAAGGCUCGAUUUCCAUCACUGUACCCAGUCCUUGAGCCAGACUAUGUGGCCAAAGAGGUUGUGGCAGCCACUCUUAGAGAUGAGGAAAUUCUCUUAAUUCCCCGCACUCUUGCUUUAAACUUCUUUUUGACUGGGAUUCUACCAUUUAAAGCUUUACUCAUUUUGAGUGACUUCCUUCAAGUUGGAGUCUAUGAACACAUUCCUAGAGAUGAAAAGAAGUCGGAGUAACCUAUUAACCAUAUAGCCCGCGAACAGGCUAUUAACCACAAAGAGUGACUGACUUCUAAUGUGCCAAUCAAUUCAAAGUUUUAACAUCCCCACCCCACCCUGGGCAACCCACAGGCAUUGACUGUUAGCCAUGGACAGAGGUGAAUUUAUACCCUGCCUGGGUGGGGGAGUUUGACCAGGGGAUAGGUAUUUGAAAGAAACACACGGUCUUGAAAAGUUCAUAUGCCCCCAGAAUUGCCUGGGGGCUGGGGAUAUUGAAGCUUUGAAUUCAGUGACAAAUAAUUUCUCCUCACAAUAACACCCUUCAACCAAAUACAAAGGUCACGAGAAUAAAGGAAAUAAUCACCAAUUUAAGAAACACUGGAUUUUUAAAAAUUUAUUCUCCUUGUCAGUACCUAGAAAACUCAACUGACACCUUGUGAUUUUUUUAACUAACCAAUUUAUAGCGAGUUUGCAUUUCAGCAAAAAAUAUACAGCCACAGAUUUAUUUUAUUAUACACUUAAACACUGGGUAUAUGGUGCAGUAUUCUUUAAGUAGAAAUAAAAGCAUGGAGAAAUUUGCA